UCACAGCCGCUCAGCCUGACGUCUGCCACUGGGUCCUGCAUCCUUGUCGCCACGGGCCUGACGGCUCUUGGCUGCUGGUGGCCAUCUGGGGACUUUCCAGUCAAUUUGCAUGUUGCCCUGCGAGCCCCGCGUGCCUUUCUGUUGACCUCACUUCAGAAGGCGGGACAGCCAGCCGCCCGCUCUCCCCGACUGCAGCAACGGGUGCUUGGGCACUCAGCACCCACGGGGGCUGGCAGGCUGGCUGCAUCCCAGGGGGAGUGCCUGUUGGGGUCCCAGCCACCCAGACUGUGGGCGCUGUUCCCUGGAGCCAGCAGCUGGCCUCUUGGCCUGACAGCUUGCGGUGGCGGGAGCAGAUGGAGGGUAGAAUCCAGGGGACGCUGCCCGAGGACCCUAGAUGCCUCUCUAGAGCAUGAGCGCGGGCAAGAGCGCCCGCUACAACCGCUUCUCUGCAGGGCCUGCCAACCUUCCCACCCCAGACACCGCCACCGGGACCAGAAUGGAAACGACCUUCGGGCCUGCCUUUUCAGCGGUCACCACCAUCACAAAAGCCGAUGGGACCAGCACGUACAAGCAGCACCGCAGGACGCCCUCUUCGUCCAGCUCCCUGGCCUACUCCCCACGGGACGAGGAGGAUAGCAUGCCCCCCAUCAGCACCCCGCGCCGCUCCGACUCGGCCAUCUCCGUCCGCUCUCUGCACUCCGAGUCCAGCAUGUCCCUGCGCUCCACUUUCUCGCUGCCAGAGGAGGACGAGGAGCCGGAGCCGCUGGUGUUUGCUGAGCAGCCCUCGGUGAAGCUGUGCUGCCAGCUCUGCUGCAAUGUGUUCAAGGACCCUGUGAUUACCACAUGUGGGCACACCUUCUGUCGAAGAUGCGCCCUGAAGUCAGAGAAGUGUCCCGUGGACAACGCCAAGCUGACGGUGGUGGUGAACAACAUCGCGGUGGCCGAGCAGAUCGGCGAGCUCUUCAUCCACUGCAGGCACGGCUGUCGGGCGGCGGGCGGCGGGAAGCCCACGGUCUUCGAGGUGGACCCCCGGGGGUGCCCCUUCACCAUCAAGCUCAGUGCCCGGAAGGACCACGAGGGCAGCUGUGACUACAGGCCGGUGCGGUGCCCCAACAACCCCAGCUGCCCGCCCCUCCUCAAAAUGAACCUGGAGGCCCACCUCAAGGAGUGCGAGCACAUCAAGUGUCCCCACUCCAAGUACGGGUGCACGUUCAUCGGGAACCAGGACACAUAUGAGACGCACCUAGAGACCUGCCGCUUCGAGGGCCUGAAGGAGUUCCUGCAGCAGACGGACGACCGCUUCCACGAGAUGCACGUGGCGCUGGCCCAGAAGGACCAGGAGAUCGCCUUCCUGCGCUCUAUGCUGGGCAAGCUCUCGGAGAAGAUAGACCAGCUGGAAAAGAACCUGGAGCUCAAGUUCGACGUCCUGGACGAAAACCAGAGCAAGCUCAGUGAGGACCUCAUGGAGUUCCGGCGAGACGCGUCCAUGCUGAACGACGAGCUGUCCCACAUCAACGCGCGGCUGAACACGGGCAUCCUAGGAUCCUAUGACCCGCAGCAGAUCUUCAAGUGCAAAGGAACUUUCGUGGGUCACCAGGGCCCGGUCUGGUGCCUCUGCGUCUACUCAGUGGGGGACCUGCUCUUCAGCGGCUCCUCUGACAAGACCAUCAAGGUGUGGGACACGUGUACCACCUACAAGUGCCAGAAGACGCUGGAGGGCCACGACGGCAUCGUGCUGGCACUCUGCAUCCAGGGGUGCCGGCUCUACAGCGGCUCUGCAGACUGCACCAUCAUCGUGUGGGACAUCCAGAACCUGCAGAAGGUGAACACGAUCCGGGCCCACGACAACCCGGUGUGCACGCUGGUCUCCUCGCACAACCUGCUCUUCAGCGGCUCCCUGAAAGCCAUCAAGGUCUGGGACAUCGUGGGCACCGAGCUGAAGCUGAAGAAGGAGCUCACCGGCCUCAACCACUGGGUGCGGGCCCUGGUGGCCGCCCAGAGCUACCUGUACAGCGGCUCGUACCAGACAAUCAAGAUCUGGGACAUCCGGACCCUCGACUGCAUCCACGUCCUGCAGACGUCUGGUGGCAGUGUCUACUCGAUCGCCGUGACGAACCACCACAUCGUCUGUGGCACCUACGAGAACCUCAUCCACGUAUGGGACAUCGAGUCCAAGGAGCAAGUGCGAACCCUGACGGGCCACGUGGGCACCGUGUACGCCCUGGCGGUCAUCUCCACGCCAGACCAGACCAAAGUCUUCAGUGCGUCCUACGACCGCUCUCUCAGGGUGUGGAGCAUGGAUAACAUGAUCUGCACGCAGACCCUGCUGCGCCACCAGGGCAGCGUGACAGCCCUGGCUGUGUCCCGGGGCCGGCUCUUCUCGGGAGCCGUGGACAGCACUGUGAAGGUUUGGACUUGCUAACAGAACCUGGGCCAGGUCUUGGCUUGCUCUGGGCCCAACCCAGACCAGUCCCAGUCCGGCUGGCCCCAUGGUUGGUCUGGGGGUCUCUGCCCACCCUGUGGGGACAGGCAGGCAGACUCAGCCAGGCAGGCAGUGAGUGCCCUCCCUGCCCGGCACCCAGCGAGUCCCCCUCUGCUUGGCCCUGUCAUCGUCACUGCCAGGACAGUGCCCAGCCCCUCUCUGGGUGCCAGGUACGACGCUCAGCAGCCCCCCACUCUGUCCUGACUCCAGGUGGACUGUGGGCCUUUUUACUCACCUUUUCUACUGUUUUUAGACUGUAUAUAGAUUUGAUUACUUCCUGAUUGAAAUAAAAGCUGCACAGACUGUG